GCUGUAAAUAAAUAGACGUUGUAGCCUUUGAAAUUCUUCUCACAAUAAUUUUUCUACUUUCUUUCUACCUGAAACCAUUAUUUCUUUUUGGCAGGAAGUCAGACACUGGUUAGAACAUUGUCAGUAUAUCUUCUCUGAAAUAAGGCUCUGGAAGAAUUACAUUCGAGGCAACAAAGAAAAGAAAUGUGGAAACUUGUACUCUCUAAAAGCAAUGAUCCAUGCCUCAAAAGUGUAAAUAAUCACAUUGGUAGACAAUUUUGGGAGUUCGACCCAAAUCUUGGAACAACUGAGCAACGAACUCAAAUUGAAAAACUUCGCCAAGAGUUUUACAAGAACCGUUUUGAAGUUAAACAUAGUUCAGAUCUGCUCAUGAGACUCCAGUUUGCAAAUAAGAAUCCAUGUGAGAUGAAGUUACCACAGCUGAAAGUUGGAAGUGAAGAAGAAGUAACUAAGGAAGUAGUGGAAACCACAUUGAGAAGGGCCCUAAGGUUCUACGCAUCCCUCCAAGCUGAAGAUGGGCACUGGCCUGGGGAUUAUGGUGGCCCCCUUUUUCUUAUGCCUGGUUUGGUUAUCAGCUUGUCUAUCAUGGGAGCCUUAAACACAAUUUUGCCACAAGAGCAUCAACUGGAAAUUUGUCGUUACCUAUAUAAUCAUCAGAAUUCCGAUGGAGGUUGGGGGUUACAUAUAGAAGGGAACAGUGCCAUGUUUUGUACAGCUCUCAACUAUGUUACUUUGAGAUUGCUUGGAGAAAGGAUGAAUGAUGGAGAUGGAGCCAUGGAGAAGGCAAGAAAAUGGAUUCUUGAUCAUGGUGGUGUCACACACAUUCCUUCAUGGGGGAAGUUUUGGUUCUCGGUACUUGGUGUUUAUGAAUGGAGUGGCAACAAUCCCCUACCCCCCGAGAUAUGGCUCCUACCUUACUUUCUUCCCAUACACCCAGGGCGUAUGUGGUGUCAUUGUAGGAUGGUGUACCUACCAAUGUCAUAUUUAUAUGGGAAGAGGUUCGUGGGGCCAAUUAAUGCUACCAUUUUAUCAUUGAGAAGAGAGUUGUAUACACAUCCCUACCAUCAGAUUGACUGGAACCAAGCUAGAUACCUGUGCGCUAAGGAAGAUUUGUACUACCCACAUCCCAUGAUACAAGACAUCCUUUGGGAUUCUUUACAUAAGAUUGGGGAGCCUCUUCUCAUGCAAUGGCCUUUCUAUAGGCUAAGAAAAAAGGCAUUAAGCAUGGUAAUGGAACAUAUUCACUAUGAGGAUGAGAAUACACAAUAUAUCUGUCUUGGACCAGUAAAUAAGGUACUAAACAUGAUAUGUUGUUGGGUGGAUGAUCCAAAUUCAAUGGCAAAUCAGCUACACCUCUCAAGAAUCAAAGAUUAUCUUUGGGUGGCUGAAGAUGGAAUGAAAAUGCAGGUUUUCUAUCAAGGUUACAAUGGAUCUCAAUUAUGGGAUGUUACUUUUGCUGUCCAAGCAAUCCUCUCUACCAAUCUUGUUGAUGAAUAUGGUUCAAUGCUUAAAAAAUCCCAUGAGUUCAUUAGGAUCUCACAGGUUAGGAAUGACAGCUCAGGCAAUCUUAGCUUCUGGUACCGUCACAUUUCAAAGGGUGGGUGGCCUUUCUCUACCCCAGAUAAUGGUUGGCCUGUAUCAGAUUGCACUGCAGAAGGUUUAAAGGUAGAUUGUUUCCAUAAACUUCAGAAAGUUUAAGAUGGUCCUUAGAAGGUGCAUUAAAAUUUCAUAAGUAAAAGAUAUACUAAUGUUGUUUUAAAACAUAUU